GUUCGUUAAUGGAAAUACGAAAACGAGCCCGCCUCGAGAAUCUGUCCCCGCUCAGGACAUGAAAGGGAAAUCUCCAUUUCCGGCGACGCAGUCCGAUCGUCGCUCGUCUCGUCUCCUUUCCGUCGUCUGGUCUACGAGCUCCGGUGGACCUUGUCGUCUCAUUGCCGGACUCUUCAACGCGGAGUCGCUGCAGAAGCCCUCUGUCCGACUUCUGCACAGAGGGAUUUGGUUGACGUGUUAGGGUUUCGGAACCGUCAGGCAAGCUCGCUUUUUGGACCAGGUUGAGAUAUGUCGCACCGAUCGCAGAAAGGUACCCACACUGGCGAGCGUGCCCACACUGGUGAGCGUGAACUCUUAGAUGAAUAUGAGUACAGAUACUACAAGGAGCUGCGAACAGGGUACGUGAAUAUAAGGGUUUCAGACUCUCUUCUCCGCUGUCCCUACUGUGACAGAGAGGACAUGCGUGAUUAUACCUCCGAUGAACUCCUGCUCCACGCCGCUAAUAGGAGUAGAAGUUCGAGCACGAGCAUGAAAGAGAAAGCCAAGCACUUGGCCUUAGAAAGAUUUGUCAGGAAGCACUAUGAAAGUGGGGACAGAGCGGGACUGUCAAAUGAAAAUCGAGCAAAAGAAAUGCCAAAAGUUAAUCCUGAGGAGAAGUCCUCCCAUGGGAUAAGCAACCAGAUCACUGACAAUCGAUUAUUUGUCUGGCCUCCUAUGGCUAUCAUUGCAAACAUCAAGACCGGAGUGAAAGAUGAAAGAAACCAAGGUGGUACGAAACUCCGAGAUGAGUUAAUAGGGAAAGGGCUCAAUGUGGUCAAAGUUGAACCUUUGUGGAGCAUUCGAGGCCAUUCAGGUUUUGCUGUAGUCAAGUUUAGACCAGAUUGGAAUGGGUUCUAUGAUGCAUUGUCGUUUGAGAGGAGUUUUGAAUCUCAGAGCCGUGGGAAGAAGGAAUUUUAUCGUUCCACAGAUAGAGGAGACGGAUUAUAUGGAUGGAUUGCCAGGGAUGACGAUUAUAACUCUCGCACUGUGUUCGGUAGACACCUGCAGAAAAAAGGGGACUUGAAAUCUGUCACUGAAAAAGAACAAGAAGAUUUGAGGAAUCAAUCUAGGCUUGAGGCAAGCUUGAUGGAUACAAUAGAGAUGAAGAGCCAUCAUAUCCACAAGAUGAAGACCGAAUAUGAAUAUACCAACCGACGCCUCUCCAGUGUCAUGACCCAGAAGGAGGACAUGUUGAAGGUUUACAAUGAAAAAACAACCAUGAUUCAGAUGAAGGCACGGGAUCAUUUUGAAAAGCUGUAUCUGGAGCAUGAGAAAGUAAGAAGAAAGUUGCAUGCUCAACAGGAGGAGCUUGAGCAGCAAGAAAAGGAAUUGAAACAGCGAGAAUUCCAAAAUGAGUGCAAAAGACAAAGAUUCAAGCUUGAAAAGGACAUGGUUGAGAGGGCGGUCUUGGAGCAAAAGAAAGCUGAUGAAAACAUGUUGAUGCUUGCCGAAGCUCAAAAGAGGGAAAAGGAGGAAUUGCAUAGAAAGAUAAUUGAUUUGCAGAAGGAACUUGAUGACAAGCAAGCACUGGAGUUGGAAAUUCAGCGGAUGAAAGGUGCUCUGGAGGUGAUGGAGCACAUGAAAGAUGAUGAGGAUGGGGAAGCCCCAAAGAAGAUGAAUGAGAUCAGAGAAGAAUUGAAAGAAAAAGAAGAUGAGUUAGAGAUGAUGGAUGGAAUUACUCAAGCACUUAUUGUUAAGCAUGGCAGAAACAAUGAUGAACUACAGGGUGCUCGUAAGGAGUUGAUUGCUGCUUUGAGCGAAGUGAACAAAGGCCCGGCUACAGUUGGCAUUAAAAGAAUGGGAGAGCUUGAUGCUAAACCAUUCCAAGCAGCAGCGAAGAAGAAAUAUGGUAAAGUAAAUGCAGAUAUGGAGGCAGUAAAGCUGUGCACAUCGUGGCAAGCUCUCCUCCGAGAUCCGAGCUGGCAUCCUUUUAAGAUCAUCACUCAUGAAGGAAAUCCCAAGGAAAUUGUUGAUGAGGAAGAUGAGAAACUGAAAUCGUUGCGUGAAGAGCUCGGGGAUGAGGUCUAUGGAGCUGUAGUAACUGCUUUAAGAGAGAUGAAUGAGUACAACGGAAGUGGGAGGUACCCAGUACCUGAGCUUUGGAACUUCAAAGAAAAAAGGAGAGCUGCACUGAAAGAAGGGGUGGAACGUAUUCUCAAUCAAUGGAAAACUCUUAAAAAGAGGAGGACCUAAUGCAGAUCUCUAAACAUGUCGUGUUCUCUGCUGAUUGCGAGGUGACAUGAUACCAGAAGCAUGGUUACAUGAAUAUGUGGAUAGCUGACGUAAACUAUAGAUGGACAGACUAGUCCCUUUAACUUGCUGGAGUCUCUUUAGGGAUGAGGGUUAAGUGGUUGGUAAAAGGUUUUCGAUGCUGAGAAGACUGGUUGGUCGUUUGGAACAAUUUGUUUAUGUGACAGCAUGGUUGAUUCAACGAAGGUAGCAGCUAGCUAGGAUUUCAAGGUAGACAUUAUGUUGCUGUGGAAUACGAUCGAUGUAGUGACUGAACAGAUUCUCCUCCAUCUUUUCAUUGAUGUUUAUGACCGAGUGCGGCACUUUUAACCAUGUGGUCGUGGGUGGAGACGGCGUUAUGUCAUUUAAUCGUACUUGAAAUUUCUAUUUAAAUUUUCCUA